AUGUACGGCAACGGAGAUCGAAAGACCGUCUCAGAGCUGAUGCGGGAAGCCGCGGCCACGCGGAGGCGCCUUUCAUACUAUGCCGCACAUCUCGAGCGGGUGCAAAAUGCUGCGGAGAGGGCCAGGAGUUUAAUCGAACGAAUGCUGCGCAUCUUUGCACGUGAGUUGGACGCGAACGAUCGAGACAACUUCCUCACCGUUCUGACAUCCACCUCGGAGGACCUGGAAAUUGCCAACCUGCCGCUACUUCCCAUUGUCAUUGCGCUUUCAAACUACCAUUUUACCGAGCUCAAGCGCAUAUACGCCGUGGGUAACUGUUUUGUGGAUGAUAGCUCCGUUAAGUUCUUGGCUUACGUACUGCGUUUUUCGCCCUUGGCGUCGCAGAUUGAGCUCCUAGACAUCAGCGGAACACGGGUGACGGAGCAGGGCCUGUGCUUCCUACUCGACAUGAUGCAGGAGCGGGAGAUACCGUUCACCCUUAUAGCUAAGGAUCGUGUCCAAACCGAAUCUUCUCCAGACGCAGAAGUUAAUGAGAGGUACCAGCUGCUGUUGGAAAAGGUGCGAGCAAAAUCAAACUGUACAUUGAAGCUCUCUAGCGAAAGCUAA